GCCGUCAUGUCGGCUGCGAUAGCAGCUCUGGCAGCUUCUUAUGGUUCGGGUUCAGGGUCCGAAUCGGACUCGGACAGUGAGGGCGGACGAUGUCCGCUGCCAGCUGCCGACUCCCUCAUGCACUUGACUAAAUCGCCUUCGUCCAAGCCCUCUUUGGCAGUGGCAGUGGACUCGGCUCCGGAGGUGGCAGUUAAGGAAGAUUUGGAGACUGGAGUUCACCUUGAUCCUGCUGUCAGAGAAGUUCAGUAUAAUCCUACCUAUGAGACCAUGUUUGCUCCUGAGUUUGGACCAGAAAAUCCCUUUAGAACGCAGCAGAUGGCUGCCCCUAGAAAUAUGCUUUCUGGAUAUGCUGAGCCAGCUCAUAUCAAUGAUUUUAUGUUUGAACAGCAAAGGAGAACUUUUGCCACAUACGGUUAUGCAUUGGACCCUUCAUUAGAUAAUCAUCAAGUGGCUACUAAAUAUAUUGGUUCUGUAGAAGAAGCUGAAAAAAAUCAAGGUUUAACUGUGUUUGAAACUGGUCAGAGGAAAACAGAAAAGAGGAAAAAGUUCAAAGAAAAUGAUGCAUCUAAUAUUGAUGGUUUCUUGGGACCAUGGGCAAAAUAUGUGGAUGAGAAAGAUGUAGCCAAACCUUCAGAAGAAGAACAGAAAGAAUUGGAUGAAAUCACGGCAAAGAGGCAGAAGAAAGGCAAGCAGGAAGAUGAGAAACCUGGAGAGGAAAAGACAAUCUUACAUGUCAAAGAAAUGUAUGACUAUCAAGGCAGGUCCUAUCUUCACAUACCUCAGGAUGUUGGUGUCAAUCUGAGGUCAUCUGUGCCACCUGAGAAGUGUUAUCUUCCGAAAAAACAAAUUCAUGUGUGGUCUGGACACACAAAGGGCGUCAGUGCAGUCAGAUUGUUUCCUCUCUCCGGCCAUUUAUUGCUGUCUUGUUCUAUGGACUGUAAAAUUAAGCUAUGGGAGGUUUAUGGAGACCGGCGCUGUCUGCGAACAUUUAUUGGUCACGGUAAAGCUGUUAGGGACAUCUGCUUCAAUACUGCAGGAACACAGUUCCUCAGUGCAGCCUAUGACAGGUAUCUGAAACUCUGGGACACUGAGACAGGACAGUGUGUAUCAAGAUUUACAAACCGAAAAGUACCCUACUGUGUAAAAUUUAAUCCUGAUGAAGAUAAGCAAAAUCUCUUUGUGGCUGGGAUGUCUGAUAAAAAGAUUGUGCAAUGGAGAAGAAUUGUGCAGGAAUAUGAUCGGCAUUUGGGAGCUGUCAACACCAGUUUUGUUGAUGAGAAUAGGAGAUUUGUAAGCACAUCUGAUGAUAAAAGCCUAAGAGUUUGGGCAUGGGAUAUCCCUGUGGAUUUCAAGUACAUAGCAGAACCCAGUAUGCACUCAAUGCCUGCAGUGACUUUGUCUCCAAAUGGGAAAUGGCUAGCAUGCCAAUCAAUGGACAACCAAAUCUUAAUUUUUGGAGCACAGAACAGAUUUAGAUUAAAUAAGAAAAAAAUUUUUAAAGGUCAUAUGGGAGGAUAUGCUUGUCAGGUGGACUUUUCACCAGACAUGAGCUACGUGAUUUCAGGAGAUGGAAAUGGAAAAUUAAACAUUUGGGACUGGAAGACCACAAAACUCUAUAGUCGAUUUAAAGCUCAUGACAAAGUGUGUAUAGGUGCAGUAUGGCAUCCCCAUGAAACAUCUAAGGUCAUAACAUGUGGCUGGGAUGGUCUCAUUAAUUGUGGGAUUAAUGAAUUAAUCCUGAAACUAUCUAGGAUCAUUUUUGAUCUGGUGUCAUAUUUAACUGUAUUUAAUUAUUAAAUGUGUUGGGUGACAACUUGAUUUACAGAUAAUGUUUUCCUGACAUGGCUUUAUGAAGUUGACUCCUUGUUUUAAAAAAAUUAACUUUGUAAAUUUGAUGCAUAUAAUUUCAUUGGCAACUUCAUUGUAUUCUUUAUAGAUACCAUUUAUACAGGGAAUUACCAUUGACUAUUUGACAAUAAAUAGUUAUUAUUGGUGGGCAGUUUGAAUACCCUCAUGACUAUACCGAAAGGAAGGAUCCCUAAUGGAGUUAGUGUUCUAGAAGAGGUAAUGUAAUUGAUGAACAGUAAGUCAGAAAGGUACCAUAUACUUAACCUCUUCAACAACAACAACAAAAAGGGCAGUAUAGAAGAGUGAUGAUGUAAUUUAACAUAAAUCUGAAAGAAGGAUAAAGCCACCCAGAAUUGUGUUCCCAUUAUUUCUUUGCAGUGGGUCAAGUUCUAAUCUUUUGGCUUCGUGAGUUCCACCAUUUUCUAUGGCAUGUGUUAUAUAUUUUAGUUGUAUAUCAGCAGUCUUCUUUGCAGCAUUCCUCUAAUUAUUAAACAAUUUAAAAUAAAAUUCAGAGUUUUUUCCGUGACUCUCUUCCUGAUAGACAGACUAUAUACAUUUAAUCAGAGAAUUGCAUUAUUUCAGAAGAUAAAUCUCAAGAGAAUGAGCCAAGACUUUGAAUUUUACUUGUUUCCGCUGUCAUUAAGGACCUGGCUACACUUUGAGAAAUCAAGAUCGCCUAGUUUGUUGCUUCACUGGUGUUACUGCUGAAAUACCCCUCUAAGGGGAAGGAUAUGAGAGCAUAGGGCAUGGGAUCUAAGCUAGGAUAUGAGGACAUAGUCCAAAAUGUCAGUUUUGUCACUGCCUUGAAGUCAUAUGUUUCAUCUUUAAAACAAUUCUGAUUUUGCUGGUGAAUAUAUACAACAGAACCUUUUAAGAUAGGAAAAAUUUUAAACUUCUUUCCAAAUUUUUGAAAAAAAAUGGCACUCCAGGAAGAUGCCAAGGUUCUCCAGUUUGAGAAUCAGUGAUUGUGGUUUAAAAAAAAAAGUUUUAAAACUUCAAAAUACUAAUUCAAGAUAGCCUCUUGAAUAUAGUACCUAACAGCACUUUAGUUUGACAAGCCAUUUCUCCUGUUUUAUCGCAAAUCUAUGUUGGAUGUUUAAGUGUGGUUUGAAAUAUUUCAGUACCAUGCUGGACAAGAUUGGUUAAUAGCUGCUCAAAGUGCUGACUUGAAGACCAAAAUCAUGAGUGCCGAUAUCUUGAGGACAUCAGGCACUGAGUCCUGUGCUAUCAGUAGCAGUCAUUCUUGCUUUUAUAGAGUGCCUAUUUUUAAAAAUUUAAAUUUGAAUUUAAAAAAGGCCCUGUAUAUGUGACCAGGCCCUAUAGCCACAUAUACAUGAAUCUCAAAGAAGAAAAUAGAAAAGCAAUAAAAGUAGACAUUUUUUGGAUGCGGCACUCAAAGAAGUAAGUAUACACUGCCUAGCUGCUGUGCGUUUGUAUCUGCCAGGAAGGGUGGCAGAUUUGAAGAGGAAAGGAUAUAGACAAGAUUUUUUCUUUAGUCCCAACCACUGGUUUUACAGAUGUGAAUUAGUGAAAUAUGAUGGGGCAAAAAGAAUUAAUCAUAGCUUUAAACUGUCUUGUUCAGCACAGUAUUGUACGUGUUACCAAUCAUAACUUCUAAAUUUUCAUUUACUUUAUUGUGUUUUUGACUGUUUCUGAACUCAGUAACUGUAUAUAAAAGUUGUCUCUUUUUAAAAAGAUCAUAUUUUUAAAUAAAGCAUUUUUUGUAGAAAAUG